ACGUAGUGUGUGACGUCACCUGGUCACGUGAUUUGUGUCCGUGUCCACCGUGCUGGUCUCCUUCCAGACGAGCCGCCUGAAGACAACACAACACAACGAAACACAACUAAACACAACUAAACACGUCUACCCCGUCUGGACACCGGCUGCUCUGAAGGCUAUGAUGAGGUGGUGACCCUGGGUCGGCCGGGCCGUGACAUGAUUGCAGCUUGGCACAGAGGAAAGACCGAGCGGCGCGAUUGAGAGAGAAGAAGAAGAAUGGGCAGGAGCACCUGGGGCUGCUGGCAAAGCGUCGUCUCCACCGCAGUGCUCUACGGCUCUUUGGCCCUGUUCAUCUCCAUCCUCCACAAUGUGUUCCUCCUUUACUACGUGGAGACGUUCGUGUCCAUCUACAAGAUUGAUAAAAUCUCCUUCUGGGUGGGAGAGUCAGUGUUCCUCAUAUGGAACAGUGUGAAUGACCCUCUCUUUGGCUGGCUGAGUGAUCGCUCCUUCCUCAGCUCUCCUCAGUCAGGCCCUCCGAUCACAACUCCAGAGGUGGUGCUGAGGCGCCUGAAGGCCCUCUCCACAAAUGGCCCCCUCUUCGCUCUGUCCUUCCUGGCCUUCUGGGUUGCGUGGGCCCGACCGGGGCUUCAGUUCCUGCUGUGCCUGUGUCUGUACGACGGCUUCCUCACAAUGGUGGACCUCCACCACAGCGCCCUGCUGGCGGACCUCGCCGUGUCCGCCACCGAUCGCACGCGCCUCAACUUCCACUGCUCCGUGUUCAGCGCUCUGGGCUCGCUCUCCGUGUUUCUGUCUUACUCCUUCUGGGACAAGGAGGACUUCUACUCGUUCCGUCUCUUCUGUGUGGCCCUCGCAGCUUUUUCCAUUUUGGGCUUUUUCUUAGUGUCGCGGUUGCUUCGGCGUCGUUUCCAAAAGGAAGUCCGUCUGAGACAGGAUGAGGCACUGGCACUCAAAGAGCUGAGUGUUGGCCAUGCUCCACUCACCCACCCAGAAAAACCCGUCACCAUUGGACAGUACAUGAAGCAGCUCUCCAAACACAGGAACUUCAUGUGGUUUGUGUCAAUGAACCUUAUUCAGGUGUUUCACUGCCAUUUUAACAGCAACUUCUUCCCUCUUUUUCUGGAACAUCUCCUGUCUGACAGUAUCAGUGCCUCUACAGGUUCGAUCUUACUCGGCAUCUCAUACAUUGCCCCCCACCUGAACAACUUGUAUUUCCUGACACUGUGCCAGCGUUACGGGGUUUACCAGGUUAUCCGCUGGCUAUUUAUGCUCAAACUGGGACUUAGUGUGGCUAUGCUGCUGGCAGGGGCUGACCACAUUUAUCUGCUGUGCAUCUUCAUCGCUAGUAACCGGGUGUUCACGGAGGGGACGUGCAAGCUGCUGAAGCUGGUCAUAUCCGACCUGGUGGACGAGGACUUUGUGGUUAACCGGCGUCAGCAGGCCACCUCCGCUCUCCUCUUCGGGAUGGUCGCCUUGUUGACCAAACCGGGCCAGACCUUCGCCCCACUCAUCGGCACCUGGCUGCUGUGUGUUUACACAGGUUAUGACAUUUUUGAGAGGAAGCCCGUGAAGGACUCUCUGGUUUCUGUGCCUGACGUAGCCUCCGGCUCAGGGACUCCGCCUCUACGCAUUGGCUGCUUCUACAUGGUGGUGUUUGUGCCUAUCACCUGUGCCCUGCUGCAGCUGGCCGCCUGGUCUCGCUUCACCCUCCACGGCCGCAAGCUGCAGGGGAUCAAGACCCUGAGGCAAGGGGCCCAGCAUGGCAACCUCAUCGAUGUCAAGGCCAUAUGAGCCGAGCAGAGCUGCCGCGAAGCUGCACACAGACACUUUAAAUGGUCGCUUUUACAAUCUCUGCCUUGUGUGCAAGAAUAUGAACCACUGCACAAAACAUGGAUUUGUGGACGGUGAAAGAUGCACAAUAGGCUGACAAAUCCCACUUGGAAACAUUUGAAAAAAUGAAACCUGCCUUAUUUUUUACAUUAGAUUAUUGACCUAUAUUUAUAUUUGAACAGAUGACCAAAAGAUAAAGUCAAACAAAUCAAUCCUUUUGGAUGUAGACGGACCAAGGGCAUAACUUUUCUUGGUGUGCGCCAAAGAUGGGGUGCCCUCUUUUGUUUGUUAAGCAUAAUUCUUGCCUGGAGAACAUCCUAAAUGGCUGCUGGGUAAUUUAUUAGUAGCAUCAGCCAGAUGUAAAAACAAUGAGGAGGGGGGGUUUACAACAGAGCUACAGUUCUGAUUUCUAAUGUUAUUAACAACAUGAAAUAAACUUUGAAAUAAAGCGUUAAUGUGUUCAGAGAGCCAUUGAAACUGCAUGGAAUCCACGUCCAGGUGUUUUACUGUUUCUUUACAUUUACACACAAAGGCCUGCCAGUUUGAUGUGAAGAACUGUGUUUUCUGAUCUGUACGGUAUUGAUGAUGUUUUUGCACAAAACUGCCAUUUGUCCUUUGUACUUCUAACAUUCUGAUUGUGACAUAUUUUAUGUAACGUAAUAAUGAAAAAUGGAAACGGUAAUAUGUGCUGGUAACCAUAUUAUCCUAUCACUUUUGUAAUUUUUCACAUUCUAUAAAGAGUGCUUGGCAUUUCCACAAAUAAAUUUCAUCUAAAAGUC